UAGAUUAAAAUUUAUUGUACUUUCCACUAAUUUCGACAAUUAUGCUAUAUAUGCAACCCCUAUUGUACGUAUUAUGUAAACUGAUCAAUUUUACAUGUUUAUUUUAUGGAUUUUGUAUCAACCAACAAUGACAUUUACGUAGGUUUCCCGUCCAAUCAAAACAAAACAAAUUUGACAUUUAAUAGUCUAACUGUGUAAUUAUCUGUGGAAUCAGUUUCUUGCCUAUUCUAAAAAUGGACAACUUAAGAAUUUACGUGGCGACAUACAACGUAGGAACCGAAAACCCCAAAGAUACCAGCUUGCAUGACUUACUUUCGUUCAAAGAUGACCGAAAAAUGGAUAAAAUACCCGAUAUCUACGUGCUGGCGUUCCAAGAAGUCAAUGCUCAGCCCCAUAACAUGUUGAGGGAUUCUUUAUUUGAUGACGCCUGGACCAAAGCCCUGAAGGACCUUUUACAAAUCAAGGACUACGUUAAGAUCAAGUCAAUUAGGUUGCAGGGAAUUUUGCUCAUACUAUUCUCAUUGAGGAAGCACAUUCUGAAUAUUAGGGAGGUGGAAAGUGAAUACACAAGAACUGGACUCUCUGGAAUGUGGGGUAAUAAAGGUGCAGUCAGUAUUAGAUUAAACAUUUCCGGCUGUUCCUUGUGCUUCGUCAAUUCCCAUUUGUCCGCCCACGAUGGCGAAUUGGAUUCGAGAAUCGAUGACUACAAUAAAAUAAUCAAAGAUCAAGACUUUCACAUUCCCGAAACAUCUAAAAUCCUAUUCCACGAUUACGUGUUUUGGAUGGGAGACUUGAACUUCCGUUUGAUGGAAGAGUACGAUCAGAUGCCUGAAGAGAUCGAUCGCACGAUCAAAAAGAAGGAGCUCAAGAAGCUGUUCGAGCACGACCAGCUUAGGCACGUGAUGAAAGAGCAGAAGGCCUUCAGCGAACUGACCGAAAAAGAACCGGACUUCCCGCCCACGUUUAAAUACGAAGUCGGUACUCAUCGUUACGACUACAAGAGGAGGCCCGCCUGGUGUGAUCGAAUUUUGUACCGUGUCAACGCUAAGAAUUACGAGAACAUCACCCUGAAUGUGGAUCAGUUGAGUUACAAGUCGCAUCCGUCGUAUUGUCUCAGCGACCACAAGCCCGUUUCUGCUGAGUUUCUAAUAAAAAUUCGUCCUCCAUCUCUUGGUAAGGUAUUUUCAGAUUACAUUGAAUCGACUGUCGAAUUCGAAGAAAUUACCAGCUGGAACGAAGAGGACGAGAACAAGGCAGCGUACAAGGUGUCCGGCCACUUAAGAACCGACGUCCAAGAUUGGAUAGGCAUCUUCAAGGAAAAUUUCACCGCUCUGGAUGAAUACGUGGCAUACGAAUACGUGAGCAAAUGCAGUACGCCUACUGGUGAAGCUCAGCCGGCGACUUUUUCACCGCGUCAACCUCAAAGAUUCGAAGUCACGUUCUCCGAACUGCCCAACCAGUGCAAGGGCAAAUAUUGUUUGAUUUAUUUCAGACAGUCCGAGGAUCAAGUUAGUAGCGUGUUGGGCAUCAGCAACGCAUUCCCCAUCGUCAAGAAUCACAGUGAUUAAAUUCAUUACGUCUUUAAUUAUUCUGAAUGGGGUGGGAUGAGAAAAAGGGUAGUUCUGGGAUGCAAUAACGUUUAUGGUUGUUACAUGUAGAUUUUAUUUAUACAAUUUCAGUUCCCACUAAAAAAUUGAUUAUUGGAAUUGCUGAAGAGGCGUAAUAAUGCAUUUAUUAUUUUAAGUAAAAAAACUAUUUAGAUUUUAUUAUAAAAAUGACAAUUGAUUGAUAGUUCUAUAGUUUUUAACUUAAUUGUAUAAUAAUAAUAAUAAUUGUAAACAAUUAGUAAGUGUACUUAAAAAAUGUUAGAUUACUUUUAAUUAAUUACUUAAAAUUACAAGACCUAAUAUGACAUAAAUUCUUUAUAUUACCAUUUAAGAUUUAAACAAUUUAAGAACAUAUUUUAAUUAAUACACUGAAUUAUUUCUAAGUAACACAAAAAGCAGCUAAAUAUGUAAGUGAAAUUUUGUGUCUAGAAAAUAUAUAAUUAAAAUAUAAUAUAUAAUAUCUGCAUCCACGUCAGUCUUUGCGUCUGCGUUUUGAGACUAGUCAAAUUUUAAUAUUUAUUCUUCAAAGAAAGCUUGCUGGCAAAUAACAGGAAUGCUAUCCGACUAAAAUGUAUAUAAAGUAUUAAAAAUCGUAUUAAAGAAAUUAUAUACUGUUUGAACAAAUCCCUAGCAGUAUUUGCUUGUAAUAUUUAUACACUAAAAGUAAUUUAUAUAUUUUUAUAUAAAUAUAAAUUUUAUGCUUUAUAUCUAGUUGUACAAAUACAUGUAUGUAUAGUGGAGUAAUUAAUAUGGUUAUUUUUAUAUUUGUUGUUUAGUUGCAAUAUCUCUAUUUGUUAUUUAGUUUUUUAACAUUAAGAUACAGGAUUAUAUUACUACACGUCUCUCUUAUUCAUUUUUAAUAUUUUUAAGUAUUUGUCACAUCCACAUUUGCUUUGAUAAAUUUAGAAUCAAAAGGUAUGUAUUUCAAGAUGAACAUUUAAAAUUAAUAGUUGCAUUCUGAUGUUUAAAAAGUACAAUUUAUUGAUUUAGUUUAUAAAUGAUCAUUUUGAAAAUAAUAGUUACUAAUGUUAAUGUUCAACUUGUUGAAAAAUAUAUUCUCUUAUUGCUAUAA